AUAGCUAACAAUCUUUUAUUUGCAGAUUUACCGUAAGAGUAAACUGGAUAUAAGACAGAAUUUAUCAAAGAUACGUGGUAUGAAGGACUCCACAAACUUAAACACAGAGGGAUAUGACGAAUAAUGGAGCCGUUUCAGAGGAAAAUCGCUAUUACUACUACUACUACCACUUAGACCCGUUUGCUGCUUGUAAUUAUUCUUCUAGCAAUGAGUAAAUUAGCGGGUAUCUUUAUCGAUACCAAGACCAAUUAUACUAUAUCAAGAUUAUUUGGGCGUUUUGUUGUGCAAAGAUCCUCUAGUCAUGUAGCUCCAGGAGCAGCAUCUUUGUUUGCAAACAGCAGAUGCUUUCCUACAAGACAAAAUGUCUCAGCAUCACUGUCAGUAAAGUACCCUCAUCAAAAGUAUUCUCAACAUUCUCCUAAUUUAGUUCCAACAGAGCCUGAUAAACUGUACAGUAUGGUAGAAGUUGAAUGUCGAGGGCAUGAAACUGCAGUGCUUCAAUCAUAUCUAACUUUUGUAUCGACAGCAGCUGGUCAUUUAGAUGUAACUUUGCAAGAAGUCGAAUGGCCCAGGAAACACAUCCAGAGAUGGACUUUAUUGAAAUCAGUGCACAUUUACAAGAAACACCGUGUCCAGUAUGAAGUGCGUACCCAUUUCCUGAUCAUGAGAUUUGUUAAGCUUACAGGGUCUACUGCUGAUACCUUCUUAGAGUACAUUCAGCGAAACUUACCCGAGGGUAUAGCUAUGAAAGUUACCAAGCAUGAACUUCAGAAGCUUCCCGAGCAUGUGACACCAUCAUCAGAAGUUAUUCAGUAGUUGUUUUGGUAUAGACAUUUUGUGCAAUAACUGUAACCCUCAUACUUGAAGUGAAAUGUAUUUGUAAAUAAAAAGAAAUUCUUA